AAAUUUAGUGAGACAUAAAAUUUCAACGAGUAAAAAACAAUGUGAUAAAAAAAGGUGAUACAAUUUUUCUUCUAUAUAUAGUGAUAAGGAUAACCUUUCACUCCCCACACACAAAUACACAUUUUGAAAAACCAAAUAAUAAAGUCCAAUUUCUUUUCUAGCACACUAUGGCCACCCAUGACAAUCCACCAAUUAUGGUGUCAAAAAUUGGCAUCAUAGGUGCUGGAGUUAGUGGCAUAACCGUAGCAAAAUAUCUAUCAAACUACAACCCUAUUGUUUUUGAAGCCACUGAUUCAAUUGGUGGUGUUUGGAGACAUUGUUCUUAUAGGUGUACUAAGCUUCAAUCACAAACAUGGAAUUAUGAAUUCAGUGAUUUCCCUUGGCCUGAAAGAGAAAGUUCUGAUUACCCUUCUCAUGCUGAAAUUUUGGAAUACUUGCAUCUUUAUGCUGUUCAUUUCAAUUUAUUCAAGUAUGUUAAGUUCAACACUAAGGUGGUCGAAAUCAUGUUUGUUGGAGAUAAAGAUGGUUUUGAUUUCGGACGCCUACCUGGUGACCAUGGAAAUCCACUUCCUGGUCGUCCUGUGUGGGAGCUUUCUGUUCAGAGUAAUGAAUCGGAUGUCAUUCAGCGUUACCACUUUGAGUUUGUGGUGGUUUGCACCGGAAAGUAUGGAGACAUACCGUUGAUGCCGACAUAUCCACGCAACAAGGGCCCUGAGGUUUUCAAUGGUAAGGUUCUCCAUACCAUUGAUUAUUGUAAACUUGACAAAGAAGCUACUAGUGACCUUGUUAAGGGAAAGAAGACUGUGGUUGUGGGUUACAAAAAAUCAGCUAUUGAUCUAGCUAUUGAGUGUGCACAGGCAAAUCAAGGACCUGAAGGGCAACCAUGCACUAUGAUAAUAAGGAGUUUGCAUUGGACACUUCCCCAUUAUAGGAUGUGGGGAGUACCAUUUUUCAUGUUCUAUGCAACAAGAUCUGCACAGUUCCUCCACCCUACACCAAACCAGGGUUUACUUAAAAGCCUAUUAUGCCUCUUAUUAUCUCCGAUGAGGCGUGGCAUUUCAAAGUUCAUAGAGUCCUACUUGCUUUGGAAACUUCCAUUAGAGAAGUACGGGUUGAAACCUGACCACCCUUUUCAGGAAGAUUUUGCAUCUUGUCAAAUAGCUAUAACACCUGAAAAUUUCUUCAAUGAGGCUGAUAAGGGAAAAAUAGUCUUCAAAAGGGCAUCAAAAUGGUGGUUUUGGAAAGGAGGAAUUGAAUUUGAUGACAACACUAAAAUGGAUGCUGAUGUUGUUCUUCUUGCAACUGGUUAUGAUGGGAAAAAGAAGCUCAAAACACUUUUGCCAGAGCCUUUUUCUAGCUUGUUGGAAUACCCUUCUGGUAUCAUGGCAUUGUACAGGGGAACUAUCCAUCCAUUGAUUCCAAACAUGGCCUUUAUGGGUUAUGUUGAGAGUGUUUCAAAUCUUUACACUUCAGAGAUACGUUCCAUGUGGCUAGCUGGACUAAUUGAUAAAAAAUUUAAGCUUCCAAGUGCUGAGAAGAUGCUUUCACAAACAAUGAAGGACAUGGAAGCAAUGAAAAAGUCUACUAGGUUUUAUAAAAGGAACUGCAUCACAACUUUUGGUAUUAACCAUAAUGAUGAAAUUUGUGAAGAUUUGGGUUGGCAUACUUGGAGAAAGAAGAACUUGAUUAAAGAGGUAUUCACUCCUUACACUGCUGGUGACUACAAGAAGGAAGAUUGAGAUUUUAUUUGGUUCAUAACUAUGGUAUUUAUUAUUGUUGCAUUUAAUAAUAUAAUUUUGUGUAAGAAAAAUAACUUGUGUGUUUGGUGUCCUUUUAAAACUAGAAUGAAUAAUUGAUGGACUAGUUUUUCAUUUAAAAUUCUUACCCCUCAAUUUUUCACCGCAUUAUGAUAAAUUUAGGUAUUAAAAAUGUGGGAGUACCUGUCUCUGUUCAACCACUCUUGAUUAUUAUGUUUUACAAACUAAGUUGUAACAAUUUCCAGUAUAUGUCAAUGUUGUUUGAGAUUAAUCAUAAUGGUAAAUGAAGCAUGUUAUAUCAAUUAUAA